AGAGAGGUGUUGAUUUGCGAAUAACAUCAAAGUUAGUUCUGUUAUCACUCACAAAUAUCGGAAAAGUUAAACGUUCAUACUUGUCCCAACUUGUAAUCUGUUCCGAUAUUACAUUCAUUUUCCAUCACAUACGCAGUUAAUUAUUUAUAUGAGUGUUUUAGAGGCUCAGAUGUGGAAGCAAUAUUACUUUUGCUAGAACUAGGCUAGUUUAAUUUAGUAUUUUUUCAAACUAGUCUAUAGGGCUAAGUAAUUUUAUCGAGGUUCUUAACAUAACCUAUUGUCUAAACUUGGCUAACUGUGCCUUAAAUAAUACAUUGCAGUUUUAAUACGGUUUCUAGCUAGGAGUCCUACUUGGGCUGUAUUUAUUUUAACCAAUGGAUUUACAAGACUGCAACACAAAGGUUACUCAAAAGAGGUCUAUAACAGAGGACAGUAAUGUGAAACGGAAGAAAAAACUUAAAGCUAAUCCUAGUAUAAAGAAAUUGAUUGAAAGAUGUACAAGAGAAAAGAAUGAUCUCACAGAUAGCUUCAAAAUGUACUCACAGACUUUUCAAGAAUUUGCUCGAAAAUACCACUUGGUUCAAGAAAAUUUCCUGAAGUAUGAUAAAUCGUAUACAGCCUUGGUAGCUGGAGUAAGGAAAGGAUUUCCAGAACUGUUAGAUACUCAACUAAAUGAUGAACCUUUACAAAAUACAAAAGAAAUUGGUCGUGAAAUGGAUUGUGAAACUGUAACUAAUCAGACCAAACCACUCGCAAAUAUGGAAAUUGUCUUUGAGAUGAUGAUACUUAAAGAAACUGCUACAAGUCUUUUUGAUAUGUAUGAUGUCUUACAGAAGGAAGCAGAUCUAAAAAAGGCAUUUUUGAAGCAGUUGGUGGAACAAGAGGAGUUAUACAAGAAGCAUUUUGAAGUUUUCAAGAGAAACAUGAUGAACCCUAUCGCUGUUGGCAAUAACCAUCCUGAUUUUAUAGCCAAGAGCAGUUAUUACAUCAACAAGCUGUGUAGUGGCUUAGAAGAAAUGAAAUCAAAACGGGAGAAAUUGGAAAUUAAUUGUGGCAAAAAUAAUUCUGAUUUAGUUAAAUCAUCACAGAUGAAAGAAAAUGAAGUAACUAUUUUGAAUAAAGAAAACCCACAAGCAAAAUAUGCUGCCUGUUCAAAAACCACUGAGACUCAGAGUUCACAGAGUUCAGGAAUAUGUGAAUUGGAUGAAUCAUUGUCUUCAGUUGAAAAUUUACAGUUAGUAACAGAUAAGGUGCUUCAGCCAAAUUUUCAGAAUUGUGAAAACAGUAAUAAUCAAAUAAACAAUGAAGGAAAAGAUGAUAUUAAUUACAAAGAGAAAUUCAGUGAGAAACAACUGAUGCAGAACAUAACAAAGGGAUUUCGCAUUUCAGAAAUAUGUGAAUUUAAUGAACCAUUGUCUCCAUUGGAAAGUCCACCACCACCAAAUGAAAUAGCGUAUCCAAAUGUAAAACAUUUUGGAGACACCAGUAACAAAGAAGAAAAAAAAGCAGAAGACAAUAUUUUGUAUAAGAAGAAAUGUAAUGGACAAUUGAAAAAGCAGGGGUUGUGGCCAGGUGAUAAUAGUGUGCCAGCACUGGAUGAUAUGAUAUCAUCACCAGAAGAUCCUCAUGUGCUAGGAUACAAUGAUUGCUAUGGGAGUAUCAACUCGCCUAAUGUUACUAUUAAUACUCCUGAGUGGGAAAAUAGGCAAACACCAAAUAAACCAGGUUUACAGGAUUCUGAGAACGAUAAAACCAUCGUUGAAAGGUUGGUAACUGAAAUAGGUUCAGAUCUCAGCAGUCCAGAUCAUUAUAAUGCUGUCUCUGACUUUGGAAAUCACUUCUUGGUACCUGAAACAACUAUGGCAACAGGAACACAAGAAAGGUUUAUGUCUGAUGGUUCUCUAACACCCAAUCAUACCUUUCCAGAACCUGAUGUCCACUCAUCAAAUUCUGUACCUGAGUCUACUGGACAGUUCUCAAUGACAAUGAUGUGUUGUAAAAGUGUGUUUUCCGAUAGUACUAGAAUACAAGAGCAUUUAGCCCUAAAGCACAGAUCUAAACUCUGUGAUAUAUGUGGACUCGAUGUUAAAACUGUGGAAAAUCUAGUGUUGCAUACAAAUGAACGGCACAAGUCUCACAAAGUAUGUAUGCAGUGUGGUAAAAUACAAGAGAAGAUUAAUUUUGCAGCUCAUUUGGCAUCACAUAAUGAAGUUAUUGUUAAAGAGAAAGAGCACUUUGAACCCUUUGUCCGCCCAAAAUCCUUUACCAAAAAAAACAAAUUACAAACUCUUGAGAAAAAGAGUAAAAAUCUUCAUUAUGUUUGUAAACAUUGUGAAAAACAGACUUCUACAAGAUACGAAACACAGAAACACAAUAUUGAACAUCUGGCAGAAAAAUUCAGAAAGCACAUUUGUAAAGUAUGCUACAUCAGUUUUGAGACAGAGUGCAACCUCAUAAAACACUUGAGACUCAGUCAUCUACUAAAUAGAAAUAAAUGCCCUGACAAAAUACAAUGCCUUAUUUGUGAUAUUGAAGUAGACACAGAAGAUUUAUUAUUUCAACACAUGACGAAUGAACAUCAGUAUAAUGCUUUGGUGAAAAAAGCUGCUAAAGGAGAAGAAAGAGGGAAUAAAAAAGAUCAGUGUACAGUCUGCCAAGUCUAUUUCAAAAACAGCAAGCUUCGAGCAAUUCAUACCAUAAUGUUUCACAGAACAGCCCCGUACAGAUGCAACUGUUCGGCCAGUUUCUUCACCAAGAGUUUGUUGGACUUCCACCAGUUAAAACACACCAAGGAUGAGGAGGCUAGGUAUCUAAUAAAAUAUCCACGCGUACCUCCGAACCGUGACUGAUCUAUCUUCCCACUAUAAACUGUUUUGUUGAUAUCACUAUAAAUAAUGUAUAAUGUUGUUGGUCAAACUCUUUUAUCAACUACUACAUUGUCACCAGUUAACUAUAACUAUCUCUCUCACUUUGUAAACUUGGUUUCUAAUAUGAAUGUAGGUGGGGGGGGGAGGGUGAGUAUUUGGAGAAUCUCUUGUAACCAGAAACUGAGUAUAGAUCAUUAAAACCAUCAAUCAAAUACUGUCUGUAAAAAUAUAUAUUCAACUUAAACAUUUAAUUAUUUCUUCAUACAAUGUGCUUAAAACUUGAGAUGUCUGUAAAGAUAUAGAACAAAAAUUAAAAGGAGGGUGCAUUUACUCUUGCUUGUAAACCCAAAAUUGUUAUGUACAAAGUUGUACAUAAAUGAAAGGCUGUUGUCAGCAUUAUUAGUUGAUAAGGUGGUUAGUAUUCCGGAUCCAAAAUGACUUCUCUGAUGUUAAUUUAAGCAUAACAAUUGCUUUGAAUAGUUUUACACUGCACUGUAAUUAUUUCAGUAAAAUCUAUGUUAUGGCUAGUGAUAGUUUUUAGAAUAUAUUGAGAAUGAGGACUUUUUUUUAAUUCUAGGUGAAAUUUUUCAUUUAUGAGAUAGGCCCAAAUCUCCAAAACUAUAUAAACACUCAGACUAAUUUAAACAUCCUGAUCUAUAAAAUUAUCAAGGGUUACAUCAAGGACCCAGUGCCUGUAUAGGACCAUCCCAUGGUCGAUCAGGUACCCAAAAAUGCGUCCAAGUUCUAAGACUUGAUAAAUUCACAACUGUUUCAUUAUGUCAGAUUGGUUAAAAGAGCUGAGUUUAGUUCAAGAACUUUAUAUUUCUUAGACUACUGAAUUACCCAUCCAGCACUAUUUGAAAACUAAUUUACAUAUUGGUUUAUUUUUACAAUCACUGGACUGCAUUUGCUUAGUAAAAAGCAAACUUUUUUUUCUCCUUGGUUAAAAAUAGCAGUUAUUUCCAACUAAAUGAAAUAUGUAAUGAUUAAUUAUAUACUAAUGAACCUUGAAGUAUUUAGUGGGUAUGGUUAACCAUUGUUGAUAAUAUUUAUUUAUUAUAAAUGUGAUAAUCUCAUAAGUGUUUGCAAUUUUAUGUUAAUAGAGAAAGAGAGAGAGAUAGUUCAUCAUGAUGGGCGUAAUGGUGAUUGAUUAUUCUCAUUGCGUUUUAAGUUUUAUUAGGUUUAGUACUUAACAUAGUAAGUAAUAUGUUACCCCAUUGAAGACGAAUCACCUCAAUGAUUGUCGUUCAAUGUUCUUAUAGAAAAAGAUGUAAUAAUUGCAUUAUAUUUCUGUUAACCAUAUUUUUACACUGUUAUGGUGUACAAAAUAAUGGCAAGAUAUUUAGUGAAACCCCAUAUAAGCUGUUAUUUUAAAUUUUUAUUCUCUAUUUUUUUUAAUUUUGUUAUUAUUUAUAUAUUUUUAAUAAUGGGUUUUUUAAGAAGAAUAAAAAUAAUACAAAAUAUAUGUAACAAAAGCUUAAAGUCCAAUAUACAUACUGUCUGUAUAAAACAGAUGUCAGUGGUAAAUGGUUAAAUCAUAGAUUAAGACCAAAGCUCUGUGGUGUACAAAGAAUUGCUUUGUUGGUUAUUCAAUACAAUACAAUCAUUAUAUAUUUAAUAUAAAAUCUCUUGUUAGUAAACAUUUACAAAAAAAGUUUCUAUGUGAAGUUUACUUAGAUUUUGGUUUUGGUAGACAGAUGACAUUGGUGUCUCAGAGUUCAGAAAAUAUUUUAUGAUGUUGUUUGAUCAGCAAUGCUACACGUACCAGCAAUUUUCACAGAAUAAAUUGAUGUUUUUAUCUUUUAUUAACAUAAUUCAAAACCUAUGCAACUUAUUUAAAAAAUGGUUUAGUACUAGGAAUUUAAAAUGCUCUAACCAAUACAGACUAAGUCUAAUUUAGUCACUAGCUCUCUUGACAGGCUAUGCGUGCUUGGAUGAAAAAUAUUGGGAAAAAAUUGAUAAUUUUUCUAGACAAUAUAAUGGAUUUUCAAUAGAGAUGGGAGAAAUGCUCAAAAUUAGACGUUUCAAUUCUCUUUCAGAAGGCUCGAGAGCAAGCACAUUUAACCUAGACCGUAGACAUUUCGUUUUGGUUGGAUGAAGCAGCAAUGGCUUUCCCUUCCUCUAUUGUGCCAUGUACCAAAUACUUUCGUCUUAAGCCCAUUUCAAGACCCAACUUACGAUUUCCUUAAACUAUGGAAGUUACUGUAUUUUACAAUGUAGCGUGGCUCUGUUUGGUUAUACCAUACUGCAGUACAAGUUCAGUAUAAUUGUUGCAUUUUAAUUACUGACUUUUAAAAUUAAAUUUGAUCUAACAUUUAUUUAAGACAAAAUAUAAUUGUUCAGUAAUAGUGUAUUUUGUUUAAAUCUUAAUUUAGAAGAGAAUAUAGAUUUUUCAUACAAGAGUAAAGUUGAUGAGACUAUCAAGGAAGAAAAUGAGGGUUAGAUUCCACCCAGUGAACAGUUGAUUGAAUUCUAAUUAAUUAAAUUAAAUUUGUUACUUUGUUAAUAAAACUCUGUAACAAACUAUAUUGAAUAUAAAUUUACCAAACCACAGACCUUUGGUUGUAAUUAUGUGCUUUCAUGAUUAAUUUGGGACUAGUAAUAGUAAUGAGGUGCUUUAAUUAAGUGCAAUACACUUACCAACACUACUAAUAUGUGAUAAAAUAUUUGUUGUAUACUCUAUUGAGGUUUAAUAUACAACAUCCAAAUUCACUGACUGUUUCAAUGUUCAUAUUAUUUAUCCAUGGCUAAACAUUUAGUGGGCUCUGGUUCUACUGAAAUGUCUGUACUCAUUGUUUCAGUAUUGUGUAGAAGUAUUAUACUUUAGUUUAUAAAUGCAUUUAUAAUAAAAUAUGUGAAGGGAGUGUCUUAGA